AAGCCCCACUAAAAUAAGCCUAGCGACGUCCCUGAUUGUACAUGUUAUAGAUUUUGAGCUGAAACACAAUGUUAGACUCUUCAGCCCAAAUAUUAAACAAUAAAAAAACAACAACCUGCCAAAUGAGUUGUUUAAUUGCUAAUCUUCACAUUGUAAUAUUUGCUGAAUGAUUUAGAAACAGUUUCAUAGAGUCACUGAUUCAGCAGUCUCUGCUCAGCCUGCUUGUCUAAAACUGGCCUCAGUCCCAAACCCCACCUCUGAGAGCUUUACUCAGUUCUAGGAAAUCAGCACAGUGGUCUCAUUUCUUGUGAAAUCGUCAGUCUGUCUGUCCCACUGCAGCAGAAAUGGCAGAAGCAAAUAUUCUUGUAGCACAUGACCAGUUUAGCUGUUCAGUGUGUCUGGAGCUAUUGAAGGACCCAGUCGCUAUUCCAUGUGGACACAGUUACUGUAUGGGGUGUAUUAAGAACUGCUGGGAUCAGACUGAUCAUACAGGUGUCUACAGCUGCCCCCAGUGCAGAGAGACCUUUACCCCAAGGCCUGUUCUGCGCAGAAACACCAUGCUGGCUGAAGUCGUGGAGGAAUUAAAGAAGACAGGACUCAAUCCUCCUCCUGCUCAAAGUUAUGCUGGACCUGGAGAUGUGCCGUGUGAUUUCUGCACUGGGAGAAAGUUCAAAGCUGUGAAAUCCUGUUUGACGUGCCUGGCCUCUUACUGUGAAACACACGUCAAGCCACACUAUGAGGGGGCUGCUUUCAAGAGUCACAAGCUGAUCAAUGCAACUGGAAAUCUGGAGCAGAAGCUUUGUGCUGAACACCAAAAGGUUUUGGAGGUCUUCUGUAGAACCGAUCAGACGUGUAUUUGCUUGUUGUGUACACAAGAUAAACACAAGAGCCACAAUACACUCUCAGCUGAGACAGAAAGGACUGGGAAACAGGUAAGGGUUUGAACCAUUUCCCUGUAGCUAUCCUAGAAGAUAAGAAUUCCCAGGGAUAUUUAACAUGUCUGUUUACUAGGUUAUACAGUUUCACAAUAGACCAGAUUUGAAUUGUAUAUUAAGAGCUAUUUAAAGAGCCC